UUGCCAAAUUUCCAUUUCGGCCUUGCCAAUCUUCGGAAUAUCCCCCGGUCUUCAAGUUUGCAACUCGUUUCGAAAGUUCUCUCUAUACGUCACAAUUCCAACCGUUUUGUUCCCGUUCUACCAAAUUUUGUUCAAGCCGCCUGUUAAUCGACGUUUUGGUGCGGGUACUAGCAGCGCGACGCCAUUCAAACAAUAUAGAGGCAUGUUUGCGCCGGUCGUCCGAUAAACCCUUAUACGCAUCGUAAUAAACACCAGGGUGCAAUUCCUUUCGUUCAAGCAUCCAAUCGUGCACGUAAUUCUCAAGCCGAGGAAAAAUAACCGAUCGAAUUUCUCCAAGCGGCCUCGCACCCGUCAAUUCACGAUGCCUUCAGCUAGAAGAGUACGCCUCCUCAUGAUGGUAGUGCUAGCCGCUGUUAUCACCACCUUAUUCUUCACAUCCCAGAUGCGGUCGGCAAUUCCCCACGACAACCGGACAGUACAUGAUUUCUUUGGCAAGACUAUGAAUGGCCUAGGACCCCAAAAGGGUCCUGGUCAAGUUGUGAUGAGCGGCAAAGGAACAACUGUUGAUUCGACAGUAAAAGACAAGGAUGGGGAUGGAUCUGUCGACGAAGACGACGAGCAGUUGGCAAAGGAGAUGGCCGAUCGGUUACGUGCUGCCGAGCAGAAGGCCAAGGACUUAGCUAAUGCUAAGGCACCACUAAAGCCAGAUCCUCCGAGUGAGGUCAUUGGUAUAGGGAGUUCGGCUGGAGGGCAGAAGAAAGGCACUUCCCAGGGGAACUCAAAGGAGACAGACGAGGAGAGCGAAGAGUCAGAGGAAGAUCGCGAAGUCGAAGCGACUCUUAAUAAUUUACUUAAGAAGUCAUCCGUUGUUAUUUUCUCGAAAACGUUCUGCCCAUAUUCUAAAAGGGCAAAGGGCGUCCUCCUCGAGAAAUAUUCUAUCGACCCCGCCCCUUACGUUGUCGAACUAGAUGAGCAUCCCCUAGGCAAGCAGCUACAGGCAAAAUUAGGUAUUAAGACGGGACGCAAGACAGUGCCCAAUAUCAUGAUUAAUGGUAAGAGUGUUGGGGGUAGCGACGAGAUUGCCGAGCUAGACUCGAGAAAGACCCUCAUUGACAAGUUUAAGUCUAUGGGAGGGAAGCAGUUAUCCAUGAAGGAGCGAUUCGUCGGGAACGCCAAAGAGAAGCAGGAGUAAUGAAAGGCACAUGCAGACACCUAAACAACGGUUUCUUCUCGGGAUAUCUUGGGGGUCACGUGAAUACGGAACGCGGUAAUACGGACAAACCGUUGUCAUCUGCAUGUAUGGCGUUGGGGUCUCUUUUACUAAGUACUAUUGUGUUGGGCAUUUGGGUCUGGCACG